CAUCGCUACCCAUCAGAUUGAAUACAUCCGAUUGAUUUGUUCACUGCUUGAGCCAUCAGCAUGUUCAAGAAGCUGCCUCAUCAACUGCGACGAAUAUGAUUCUCAGCUACUGCCAUAUUAACCACCUCACAGACCCCUACACGCAUUGUGACAAAGGAAUACUUUUAUAAAUCGACGAUGAGUUAAACUUUGCCCAGAAGCAUAAGCUGCUCAUGUGGAUGCCAUAAGGCGUAAUGGCAUGUGACCUUGUCCAAGAGUGGGUGAAGUCCAUCUCCCUGCACUUGGAGCCCUAACUGUCAUAAAUUUAGGAACUGCCAGCCCCUCAGCAAACUCCCCGGCUGUACGCCGUACCCUUGGCAUAUGGUUUUGAACGUUGUGGAAUUUAUGGAAGGGGAUGAGAUUGAGAUGAGCCCAGAGGAGCUCCAAGUGUGGUUCGGAGAGAAGGUAAAGACGAACAAGCUGAUGUCCUCCGAUGUGCUGGAGAAAUUCAACCUGCUGCAAUCUCUGCUGGAGAGGAGAGAGAAACAGGCUGGCCACCUCCUGAGGCUCUACAAGUCUGUGUCAAAAUGUGAAGUGGUUGUGAAGAAACAAUACUCUUCGCUGGGGUGGGAAUACCGAGGCACUGAUUCUGAUGACGAUAAUAUAACGGGCUGUGGAAAUACUGUUCCCAACUCUCCAACUCCUAAUGGCCUCACUUCUCUGUUACCAAAGCGACACGACAGUGAGAAUAUCCAUGGAAUUAAGGGCAAAAAUAACUCUAUCAGUCGAAAGGGAGAACCAGUUGUGGUCUUGACCAGGCUUUCUGCAUACGAGAUCCGAAUGCUUUGUCAUCGGAUGCCUGAGAAUCACGACAAUGAAGAAGAAUCCUCAAUCAACUCUGAUAUGCAGUGGCAACCACAAGAGGACUCAAGUGGUUCUGAAUUUUCUGUCUCAAAUAAAAUGACUGUGCCAAACAAGAGGAGAAGAAUAAAUCCAAAGAAGAAAACGCGUGCUCAGAGUAAUGCAACACCCCUAGCUAGCACAAAUACUGGAGCCAAACGCAGCACAACCUCAACAUCAACACCCCGAGCUAGCACAAAUACUGGAGCCAAACGCAGCGCAACCUCAACAUCAACACCCCGAGCUAGCACAAAUACUGGAGCCAAACGCAGCGCAACCUCAACAUCAACACCCCGAGCUAGCACAAAUACUGGAGCCAAACGCAACGCAACAUCAACACCCCGAGCUAGCACAAAUACUGGAGCCAAACGCAACGCAACCUCAACAUCAACACCCCUAGCUAGCACUAAUACUGGAGCCAAAUGCAACGCAACCUCAACAUCAACACCCCUAGCUAGCACAAAUACUGGAGCCAAAAGCAACGCAACCUCAACCUCAACACCCCUAGCUAGCACAAAUACUGGAGCCAAAAGCAACGCAACCUCAACAUCAACACCCCUAGCUAGCACAAAUACUGGAGCCAAAAGCAACGCAACCUCAACAUCAACACCCCUAGCUAGCGCAAAUACUGGAGCCAAACGCAACGCAACCUCAACACCCCUAGCUAGCACGAAUACUGGAGCCAAACGCAGCGCAACCUCAACAUCAACACCCCUAGCUAGCACAAAUACUGGAGCCAAAAGCAACGCAACCUCAACAUCAACACCCCUAGCUAGCACAAAUACUGGAGCCAAAAGCAACGCAACCUCAACAUCAACACCCCAAGCCGGUAAAAACAGCAAACCUAAUAACAAUGCAAAGAGCAACUUAAUGAAAACAUCAAAACCACCAGCAACCACUAAGAGGGUAAACACCGUGAACAUAAUAACUUCUUUAAGCCAAAACUCUGCCAAAGCUACCAAGACCCCUCCUUGUGUGCGACAAGUAGAGCUCAAGGCCAACAUGACUGUUCUAGCCAGAAGGAAGGCCAUGAGCUGGAUACAGGGGGAAAUCCUGGAACAAGUAACAAAGGAAGAUGGAAAGUUUAAAUACAAGAUCAGGUUUGAGAAGAAGGGGAAGAGUCUUGUCUCUGGUCACCACAUCGCCUUUGACUGCAUGCCAAAGGUGGAUCAGCUGUUUGUCGGUGCUCGUGUGGUGGUCAAGUUUUCAACAGACCAGUGCGAGUUCUUCCCUGGUGUCCUGGGAGAGCUCCCCAGCAGAAAAAACCGCAUGAGGUUCCUGGUCUUUAUUGAUGAUCACAAGUCGGUCUAUGUUGGCUUACCUUUACUCCGCCUGGUGUGCCGACCAUUGAAUGACCCUUUGGACGAUAUUCCAGAUGGCUUCCACAAGAAUUUCCUCAUGGGGUAUAUGAAGGCCUGGCCUUACCCACCCCAGACCCAGUUCAAGGCUGGACAGAUAAUUAAUGUGGAACUUGGAGGAGUCGUGCAGAGUUGUGUGGUGCGAUUCAUCGACUGCAGCCUUAUACAGGUUGUUACUUUGACAGAUGAACAUAAGGAGUGGAUCUACCGAGGGUCCACAUGCUUGGAACAGAUGAAUACUAUGAUUGAACAUGUGGAGAUGAACAAGAAUAAGGGACAGAAGAAUACAUCUCCAAGUUGAUGAGUCAUCCAAGUCGGUACACUGAUGGGAUGAGAAGCGGAUGCUGUGUUCCAAGAUGGUGUCUCAUGCAUUCAAAGUUGCUCACCAAGAAUACACUGAAAAUGUCUUUUAGGCCCAGAGAGAAUCCACACUUCAGUUGUCCUCAGUAGUAUUUACACUUCAGGUCUCUCAUUAGUCAAUAUGGCUAGUUUUGCAAUUCCAGAGGGGCUAUUAAUAUUAGUAAUCUGACUUGUUGCCACCUGCCAUGGUCAACAGCUGUGCUGUUCCUGUGCAACGCAAGAAGAAUGCAUUUUAUACGUGUAUUUUUAUUGUUGUGUUUUGUGUUCUUGAAUAAAAAUGAAUUGUCGAAUUU